AUGACGCGCGCGGGAUUCGUCGCGAGAAACGAACUGGAGCGAGAGUUGAUGCACGGACGCGCGGAGACGCAGGCGCUCAAGCAGGAGGUGGCGUCGUCGCUGCGCGAGGCGAGCGCGUCGAUGAAACACUCCACCGAAACCCUGCAGGCGGAGAACGAGAAGCUGCGCGCCGAUCUCAAGUAUAACAUCGAUAGGAUCACGCAGUCGCAAAAGUUGGACUUGAAUCUGGAGAAGGGACGACUGCGAGAGUUGCACGGGAUUCAGGAGAGUCAGAUGAAAGAGGUCGAGGCGCGCGUCGAUCGAGAGUUGCAUCAGAUGCGAACGCAGAUAGAGGCGGCGAAGACGGAAAUUAUUCGAUACAGCGUGGGGACGCUGGUAUCGCUCGGCGCGCUGUCUUUGGCCGCGAUUCGACUCGUCAUGUAA